AUGAUAGCUGAGACUAUCGAACAAAUCAAGAAGAUCCGAGAUAGAAUACUCAUUGCGCAGAGUCAUCAGAAAAGUUACACCGAUCAGAGGUGGAAGCCCUUAGAAUUUGAGGAAGGAGACCAUGUUUUUCUUAAAGUUACUCCAACCACAGGAGUAGGUAGGACAAUUAAAGUGAAAAAGUUGAAUCCUCAAUACAUUGGUCCGUUUCAGAUCCUGGAGAGGCUUCAGAAGUAUACUCCUGAUUCUAGCCAUGUGUUAGAACCUGAAUUUGUUCAGUUAAAAGAAGAUUUGACGCUUCCGGUGACUCCGGUCAGAAUUGAUGAUACUAGUAUCAAACGGUUGCGUAGAAAAGAGGUUUCGUUAGUCAAAGUAGCAUGGAGUCAAGCCGGUGUUGAGGAGCACACUUGGAAACUUGAGUCGGAGAUGCGAACUGACUAUCUGCACUUAUUCUCAGGUAAUUAA